GUGGCUGUUUUAUAAUAGUAGACAACCUAAUCUACCAGAGGAUCAUGAUGUGGCAAUGGUACAAGGGUGCUCUGUCUCGGCACCCCUUGGCGGUCAAGGCGACGACUGCUGCUUCUUUGAUGUCCGUAUCGGAUUUCUUGGGUCAGACGUAUGAACAGAUGGGGUAUCAACAGAUUCUGCAAAAGUACAACCGUAGUGACGAGGACAAGGACGACAAGAGCAGCAGCAGCAAGACUUGUGGCGUCAAUCUUCAGAAUGGAUGUCCCAAUAACACUCCGCAAAAUCGCAAAGCUCUCCACUACGAAACCACCACCACAGAUAAUAUCGGCCAAACCAACGCCCAGCUCUUGCAGUACAAUUGGGAACGCACAUUGCACGUUGGAAUCACGGGUUUUACGUUUUCGGGUCCCAUCAGCCACGGUUGGUACAGUCUCUUGGAGUGGAUCGUGGUGGGCCGACUGGGUAUCACAACGUUGUAUGCCGGCAUGGCGACGCGAAUGGCACUCGACGCCUUUUUGUUUUCUCCCGUAGCCGUGGCGGGCUAUUUUGUGUGGCGGUCGGUGUUGGAAGGCGCCAAUGUGCAGUGGAAAUUGCAACACAAGUGGCUGCCGGCAUUGCAGGCAUCGUUCAGCUUUUGGCCACUCGCCAACGUGAUCAAUUUUGGACUGGUGCCAGUGCCAUUUCGUGUCUUGUACAACAAUGCACUGAGUCUACUUUGGAAUGCCUACUUGUCCAAUGUCAAUCAGGGGCGGUUGGAAGUAGUGGUGGAACAGCAACAGCAACAGCAACCAUCCACAGUUUUCGACGAAGGAACCAGUGCGGUUGCAGAUUCCAACAAUCAUGAAAUACCCUUUGAGGGAGCCUGUGUCUGUUGGCAUUGUCGGGCGUUGCGGGGAUGAAAGCAUACUAAAAUAUGGCUGAUAUCUUGACAAAAUUGCCUUUCUACGAAGGGCAAUUCGCUGGCUAUCAAUCAAUCAAUAUGGGUAGAGUAUGGCACUGCCACGCUGCAAAUUCACAGAACCACAAGACCACACCAAGCCUAGCCCUACAUGAUCAUCCUGCUCGGCAAGACUUGUUGAGGUACCGGCUAGGUCGACUCGACUCCCAACGGCUGCAGCCGCGCCAACGUAACGGGACGAUGCAAUAGCAGCAGCAACUAUGAAUUUGUCUUUGGCUAUAUCAACAGAACGUGGUCGUGACGAUUCGAUUCUUUGUCAGCACACAGUUCAUUCAUUCAUUCAUUCAGUUAUGAGUCUAUGUCUGGCAAGCAAAAGAAUGAAUUGCCUCAUUGGUGGGGGAAGUCUCGUGUCCCUCCACUAACUAGCUAGUCCCGGUAGAACUCGCCCGCCGUAGCUUUCAACUAGCCAAAUGCACUUUUUGUCUUGGCGUACAUACAUGAAUGGUACUGAGAUCGAAGUACCUAGCCUGGUAGCCAGAAUCUGAGCUGAGCUGAGAAGGCUUUUGAUGAGAUUUGCCGAUGGAAAGCCCUACUAGUAGUAUGCGGGCGAAGCAACGGGUUGUCUGUGCAUUUUUUGGCUGGCUAGCUACCAGGUAGCUAGUCUACUAGCUAGACUCUAAUAGCGGACAGACAACUUUGGUGGAAUUCAGGUAGAUGCGGUAAAACUAAUUUGUCAUUCAAAAAGCAAAUUAAAUGUCA